AGGCUGUGACUCUGUGACUGAUACAGAAACAGAAGACGAGAAGAACCCAGUUUACUCCUGCAGUCUUGCCAUGAAUGAAGAACAGGGAUCAUCCAAGAGCCCUGGGGACCAUCUGGUGGUGCAGCCUGACCACAUACGGUGUGGGGUGCAGACAACAGUUUAUAUUAUCAUGAAAUGCAAACUAGAUGGUGAAGUGAAAACUGAAGUUGAAUUCUCUCCAGAGAAUGCAUCAUCUGUGCGUUUGCUGGCUGAAAUGGAGAAUGAGUACACUGUCUCUGUGAAGGCUCCGAAUUUAACGUCUGGGAUAGUGCCUCUGAAGAUAUAUUCAGGGGACUUGAUGGUAGGAGAAGCAAGUGUCACCUAUCAUACCGACAUGGAGGAAAUCAGCAGCCUGUUGGCCAAUGCAGCCAACCCAGUACAGUUCAUGUGCCAGGCCUUUAAAAUUGUGCCAUACAGCAUAGAAGCACUUGACAAACUCCUGACUGAGUCACUCAAGAAGAACAUUCCUGCCAGUGGCUUACACUUGUUUGGAAUCAACCAGCUGGAAGAAGAAGAUAUGACAGCAAAUCAGAGGGAUGAGGAGCUGCCAACACUGCUUCACUUUUCUGCAAGAUACGGUCUGAAGAACCUCACUGCCUUGCUGCUUACGUGUCCUGGAGCACUGCAGGCCUACAGUGUAGCCAACAAAUAUGGCCACUAUCCAAACACCAUAGCAGAAAAACAUGGCUUUAAGGACCUCCGCCAAUUCAUUGAUGAAUAUGUGGAAACUGCAGAUAUGCUGAAGAGUCACAUUAAGGAAGAGCUGAUGCAAGGCGAGGAGGACGAGUCUGUUUAUGAGUCCAUGGCUCAUCUGUCCACUGAUUUGUUAAUGAAGUGUUCCUUGAAUCCUGGCUCUGAUGAAGAACUUUAUGAAUCCAUGGCUGGAUUUGUCCCUGGUGCCUCAGAAGACCUUUAUGUAGAGAUGCUUCAGUUCAAACCAGACAGUCCAGUUGCCAGAGAUGAAGUUUCUCAAACUAUGAAAGACUCAAUGCUCCGCAAGUUUUUGGAAGGCAGUAGUGUGGAUGUGCCAAAUUCAGAGGAAGGAGUUUACCAGCAGUCCAGUGAAGAUGUAUACUACUCAGUGGAACAAGAUACUUCGCCACCGGAAGUGGCUAGCCGACCUCCAGUUCCUGUUCCAAGACCAGAAUCCAGCUCUCCACAGCCAGAUAAUGAGCUGUACAUCUCCAAAAUUUUUGCACAGAAAGCUCAAAGACCUGAGAAUCUCUACAUCCCUAGAGCAAGAGUUAAGAAAGAGACAAUAGUCAGGCCUGUAAGGGACCUAUCUCAAUCAAGCAUAUAUGAUCCAUUUGCUGGAAUGAAAACCCCGGGUCAACGACAGCUGAUUACAUUACAAGAGCAGGUGAAAAUGGGCAUGCUCACCGUUGAUGAAGCUGUGCUGCAUUUUAAGGAGUGGCAGCUGAAUCAGAAAAAGAGAUCAGAAUCAUUCCGGUUCCAGCAGGAAAACCUGAAACGGCUACGAGACAGCAUAACCAGGAGGCAAAUGGAGAAGCAAAAAAAGGACAAAAGUGCAGAUUUGGAAAUUACAGUACCCAUUCGACAUUUGCAUAAUACUUUGGGGAAACCAGAAUGUGGAAUAUAUGAAUACACCCCUAGGAAAAACAUUUUCCCACCAAAAAAGGAGUUAAAGCGAGGAGACUGGAAAACAGAAAGCACAUCCAGCACAACAAGUAGUGCAAGUAACCGCUCCAGCACUCGGAGCAUCUUGAGUGUCAGCAGUGGGAUGGAAGGGGACAGUGAGGACAAUGAAAUCUCAGAAACAGCUAGAAGCCGCAGCCCAGUAGCCCACCAAGCAGAGAGGCUGCCUUUACCAGAAAGGCCUCCCAGAGUACCUCCUCGAGGUGCAAGCAGGCCUGUAAGCUGUGAAGGCUUUUACCCUCCACCUGUGCCCCCAAGAGGUCGCUGAAUCUCUCAACAUCUGUGGAAUAUGAGAUUUUUCUCUUUGCAUGUGUGUUUGUACAGAUGUUUUUGGGUUGUCUUAAAUUAUUUAUAACUAGGAGCCAAAUGUUUUCUUCCUUUUUCCUCCACCAUAAAGCUCUGGUGAUUUUUUUUUUAGUCCAUGAUUUUCACUGACACUUCUUGGCUUUUUUUUUUUUUUUUUUUUUUUUUUUUGCUUGGAAGGCUUUUAAUGCUUUAAGACUUCAAGAAGUAUCUUGGUUGAGAAAGAGAAUGUUGAUGUAUGUCUUGAUGACUCUGCACCAAUGUGAUGUUUCCCUUUGACUGGGAAAGAACACAUAAUAUUUUAGAGACUAAAUCCUGAUAAGCAUUGUUACUAAACCCCUUGAUGCAGCCUAUGAGGGCUUGACUGGAAAACAUGCUUGGAAAAGUGAAGAAAGUAAAGUUGUUUGAAGACUUUCUUUGAAGAAUGCCUAUUACAGCAGGAGCAAGUGAAUGUGCUACUGUUUGGUAUAACAUUGUGGGUACAGAUAUACUGACCUUUCCAAAGCUGUAAAAUCUCCUUCCGGGUGUCAUUAAACCAUAGUAGAAUAAGUUGCCUUUAUUAAAAAAUGUAAUUUGCAUACA